UGACAACUUAGUAAUUGGACUUGACAGGGAGAUAAGCAAUAUAACUUAUAAACUAACAACAGGAACAAAGAGGACGGAAAUCAUUUCAAUUGUCGGCAUGGGUGGGGUGGGUAAGACAACUCUAGCACAAGUGGUUUACAACCAUCCUCGAGUUGCUGAACACUUCCAGAUCCGUGCGUGGUGUACUGUGUCUCAAGUAUAUCGAAUGCGGGAGCUCUUUUUAGAAAUAUUGCGUGAUGUUAUGGCUGUCUCUAACAGAAUUUAUGACAUGGAUGAAGAUCGCUUAGCUGGAGUUCUGUACAAAUGUCUGAAGCAAAAAAAAUACCUCAUUGUUUUGGAUGAUAUAUGGGACAGCGCAGCCUUGGAUGCUUUAAGAAGAUCAUUUCCAGAUGAUAAUUCGGGAAGUAGAAUUAUGUUGACCGCCCGAAAGCGUAAUGUGGCUUCGCAAGCUGAUUUGACAUGUAUUUUUCCUCUUUCUCACCGUGAAUCUUGGAAUUUAUUACGUAGAAAAACAUUUGGUGACACUUAUUUACCUCCCGAACUUGGAAGCAUAGGAGAGGAGCUUGUAGACUACUGCCACGGAGUACCUCUUGCAAUUUUUAUCAUGGCUGGUGUCCUGGAAAAGAAUAAAUGGAAUCUUUCCUACUGUUUAGAAUUGUUACAAAAAUUGUUCUCAGAUCGUGUUCGUGGUAGAAAUGUGUUCCUUUCUCUACUAAAAGUUGCUUAUGGCAGCUUACCAGAUCACUUGAAGCCCUGCUUUCUUUAUUUAGGAGAAUUUCCAGAGAAUCAAGAAAUCCCUGCUCGAAAAUUGUUGCGACUGUGGAUCACGAAUGGAUUGAUACAAGAAACUGAGUCAAAAGCACCGGAAGAUGUUGCAGAGGAAUAUUUGUUGGAAAUAAUAUCUAGAAACUUGGUAAUUAUUUCUAGAAGAACACACAAUGGCAGGGUCAGAGGAUGUCGUGUUCAUGACGUUGUUAGCAGGUCGAUGAAGCGGGGAGAAUUGUUACUUUCAUAGGAAAAACACACUUUGGAUAUCAGCAACAGUAGAGCAGUUUUGGGUUUUAUAGAAGAAAGAAGGGACCAUAUACAAUAAAGC